UCUAUAGAGAGAGUUUCAGGAUAAUCAAGGCUACACAAAGAAAUUCCGUCUCAAAAAACAAAAACAAAAAAGAAAAGGGAAGAAGCUGGAGAUUAGAGGUUUCUAGGGAAGCACCGGAGUGACUUUGAGGUGUUUUGUUUUCAGAUGAGGUCUCGCUGUUUAGCUUUAGCUGUCCUGGAACUUGUAUGAAGACCAGGCUGGCAUUGAAUUCACAAAGAUUCACCUACCUCUGCUUUCCUAACGCUGGGAUUAGGCUCAGCUUCAACAUUAGGUUUCUAAUGGUAUAAAAUCUCAAAUGCAUAAUACCUUUAUGCCUUCGAGGCACCACAGUAUCUACAUGGAAGCCUGAAGGUGCAGAAAGAACAGAAAUUAGAGAUGGCUGUAGGACCCAGCCCAGGUCCAACUUGGCACCCCUCCUGCAGAUCAUCUUGCAUGUCUGUGGUCUCUGCCCCGCUCUCUCUAUAGAUAUAAAGUGCCACUACCAACUUCAGAUGGGUGGGUCUGGACUCCAACAUCCACAUAGUAGCCGAGACGACUUUCAGCCAUGUUCCUUGUGUUCCAGGCUCUAAUGCCAAACCCCAGAGUUUCUUAGAUUCCCAGGGUCUCACUUUCCCCUAAAUGGCCUAGUUGUUUUCUUGCAGCCCUGCCUCCAGGUUGGACUUUCAAAUCCAUCCAUUUCUUCCAGUUAGGUUGAUACUGAAAUAGUGAAGAGUUUUAUUUAUCGUGUGGACCUGGCACAAAGUCACUACGGAACAAGAACAGUGCUUGCUGAAUGAAUAUUAGUUACAUUAAUUGUCAGAUAUGUUGAGGAGACAGAUUCAGACAUACCUAAAAAAGGCCCAGGAUUCUGAGGGUUUGGGUUUUUCUAGACUAGGACUUCUUUUCUCUUUCUUUGGAGGUAUGGUCUCAUGGAGCUGAGGACGACUUUAAAUUCUCAUCCUACUGCCUCUACCAGGUGAACAGGGCUUCUGAAGCUUUUUCUGUUUGAGUACCCCCGUUUUUGCUGGAGAAAGGUUUUUUGGUUUGUUUGUUUUGAUUUUUUUUUUUAAGAUGGGAGGUCUUCCUACAUAGCUUAGACUGACCUGCCACUGACUAUGUAGACCAGGCUGGCCUCGAACUUCAGAUAACCUGCCUCUACCUCCCAAGUGCGUGGGUCAGCAUUGACCGACUGUUUUGUUGUUGUUGUUGUUAGUUAGUUUGUUUGUUUAAUUUCCAGCACUGUGUUUCUGCUAGGGGAGGAAACUCUUUACGUACAGCUAAAACAUUGCAAUUCAUAGCAGAUAGUCUCAGAAUAGACUCCGAGCCAGUGCUCAUUUGGCCUGAUGGUGUGUGUAGUUCAAAUGUGUACACUAUAUGUUUCCAGUCAAUGCUUCCAUGAAGUAUUUUGUUUGUUUUUGUUUUUUUAGACGAGGUCCUGCCUGUCCUGAAACUUGCUGUUGUAGACCAGGCUGGCCUUGAACUCACAGAGUUCCUCCUCCAGUGCUGUGAUUAAAGGCUCUCGCCAUAAGUUUUGAGAUGUAAAAUGGAUAAGCACUGUUAGAAACACCUUAGAUUUAUUAUGUUUGAUUUUAUUGUACUUUCAGAAACCUUUUAUUAUUGCCAUUUUUUCAUGACCCCAGCACUAAGAGGAGACAAAGGCAGUCGGAUCUUUAUUAAUUCGAGGCCAUAUAGAGAGUAUUUCAGGGUAGCCAAGGCUAUUCAGAGAAGCCCUGUCUCGAAAAACAAAACAAACAAAAAAAGGAAAUAGGCUCAGAGCAGUUACUGUUUUCUAAAGUCACACAGCCCAAAGCGCGGUUUGGUCCCGGAGAGCCCCGGGAGCACGAGGCCUGGCUCCUUCCAUUUGGACAGGUCAUGCAAUCUGCCAGCAGCCUAAGCCAAUCAGCAUUGGGUAGGGGGCGUGCCUAGAGGACCUCGUCGGCAAUCCACAGACAGGGGGCGGGGACAAAAGGGUAUCAUGGACUCUCGGGGACCAGUCCCUCAGCCUUUUCAGCAGCUUGAGAAACCUGGUCGUAUCCGCCGUCGCAAAACUAGGAGGGAACGAAACAAGGCCCUUGUGAGCAGCCAUCGGCCACUGGUCCGUCAGGAUCCUCCAAAGUCUAGUCGGGAGCCAUCUGCAAUCCUCCAGGAUCCUGUGACCUCUGUAGCCCCCAAGCUUGUUGUCAUAACUCAAGGCAGGUUGAGCCGGGAGCACCGAGGUCUCUUCAAUCAUGAAGUGAAAUCCCUGGAUGUGGCCCGGUUGCUUAACAGUGGCUCCUUGGAACCAUGUACCCCCCCGCCAUCCACCAAGUCUUCCUGUAGCCCUGUCAGAGUCCAAGAACCAGCCUUACAGUCAAGAGGCAAGGAGAACCAGGUACCGGGAGGCUCAAACUCGGGCCCACCAAGUUCCCCAGAACUCCCUGUUUUGGGAAAACUGCUGGAGGAACUUCAGUGCCAGCUGAUUCUGCCCCAAGCCUUUCCCAAGAGGAACCUAGUGCAGGAGUCCAGAGAUGCCAUUAUAAGAACCUUGCAAGGCUGCCAUGGCUGUGUGCCUGAUCUUGCCCUGGUGCUCCGAGGUUGCCAGUCACCCUUGCCUGAGACGAAGCCCAGGGUACCUGAGAGACAGAGGACAACAUCUUCUGGUGUCCACGUUCCUGAGCAUGCUCCAAGGGAGGGAAGGCAAAGGACUCAACAGGGGGCAAAGAGGCUUAACUUCACCAUGCCUCAUCAGUGCGGCAGUGGCAGCACCACUUCACACAGGGCCAGCCUAGUGCCCCCUACAGAUCACCAACUGCCAUUCUUGCCCUCGGUGUCUUCACCAUCUGGGGCAGCUUGGGGUCCCCCAACAGCUUUUGAUAUGCUGAAAAGCAUCUGGCUUAUAGCCACACCACCCCAUCCUCAGCCCUGGGAUGCUUGCCCACCUCAGCCCCUGCCUCAGCCGCCAUCACCCUUGUUGCCCCGAACAUCAUCUGCCUUGGACUGGAGCCCUGAACCUCCUGCCCCACUACUCAGCCUUUCCUGGGUGGUGACUCAGAGAAGUCCAGAGGCUUGGUCCUUCCCCCCAAUGAAACUCUACUGAGGGAGACUAUGGGUAGGCUGGAGAGGCAGGGAUUCCAUUCUCCCAUUCACCUCAAUAAAGCACCUUCUUGCUCCUCUUGA